UCGUUCUUAUUCCUAUGAUUUCUUGGACUUUCCCAUGAUCGUGAUGUUUCUUCCCCUCCCCCUCCUCGCUGCUUCACACACCUUCCUUCUAGUCCCUACACCUUUACUUUUUCCCUUCCUUAUUAAUAGUUCUCCUUAUUCCUAAGUCCUAUUUUCGCAAUGCUAUAUGCCGCGUAUCAAAGAUACAAUAGCAUAAUAGCUUUUUCUUUUGUUAGUAAGAGACCAUCGAUGGACGCAUAUUUUUCGUUUGCCAUGAGGCUCGAUGUUCCUACAUGUGUGUUUGUAUGUAUCUAUGUACGUAUAUGCUCGUACAUAUGUGCGUACUUCGGGACGUACGCAUUGUUGAUCUCACGUCGUGUUCUCUUUCUGUAAUGUACAACGUAUGUCGCCGUGUUUAUAAUAUCAUCGUCAUCUUCGACGGUCAAUUUUUUUAACCAAUUAACGUUCUCGCAAGCACGCGCAACUACGCUACUGAUCGACAUAUGCACGAUCAUGUAUAUAUACCUAGGUCUAGGUACACAACUACUUAUUGUACGAUACACACGUAUGGAGGUUUGAUAAAACACGAUUGUAUGCGUGCAUAUUGUCUUUGAUAAAGGUUUAUUUGGAUUAUAAAUUAAAAUUCUUUAUAAUUUUGACAUAAUAGACAAGACAUGCAGGAACUUUCAAUUUUCUUUUCGUUUUUGCUUUCAUAAUAUAAAACUCAAUGCAAGUGAUACUUGAGAUUCCUGUUCCUUCAGUAAUAUGCAACGGUUAUGUUAGCGAAUUUUGAUCACAUGAUGGGAGCUCAAUAUGUCUUCAAAUACAGCAUGUUUUGGAAGACAUCCUCGAGAAAUGAGUCGAGUUUCGUUAUUAAAAUCAGAGACUAGAUUGAAGCAUGAUAAAUGUUGGUGUACAGGUGCACAUAGUAUGUCUGAGUCUUACAAAAGUUGUGGAGACUACAUAGAACCAACAAAUCAUGGUUGUACAGACAGAAAUCAUUUGUUAUAUCAUAAAGAUAAAGCACAUUUAAAAAAUGAAGCAAUUGAUUGUCCAAUAUAUAACAAAUGUGAUAUUAAAAUGUGCUCCAUUUGUCAGUGUUCAUUGGAAAAAGAAGUUAAAUGUUUUACGUGUAAAUGUGAAAUAAGGCAAAGUGAUUGUUGUGAUUUAAUGAAGAAUUAUUUGUGCACGUGCAGCUAUUUUAACUUGUUAAAUAGAUCUUCUGUAACAAGAGAUUAUUCUGAUUAUAGUUUAGGUUUAUCAGUUGCACAAUCAACAGAUAUUAAAUGGAAGAGUCAUACUUGGAGGACAGUUUUUGUAAUUAUUAUUGGCAUGUUAUGUACAAAUAUCUGUAAUGCAGAUCCCAGUCAAUGUGCAGUUGGUUUAAAGACUCCUGGAUGGACUUGGCCACAAGGUGACAUUGUUCUUGAAUAUGGUCAAUCUUUGAAAAUUCUUUGUAUAUUAAAUAAGACGUAUAUAGACACUGUAUUCCCUGGAAAAAAUUCUUCUGAUCUAGUAUUCUUUCGCAAUAUGAAAGAAAUGGAACCAGAAUAUAUUACUAUUGUCAAUGAAACUACAAUAUCAAUGUCUGUAGAGAAACCACCUCCUGCAGAAGAUAUGUACUAUUGUAAAUUGAGACUAUCUAAUGAUUAUAAUAAACAACAUGAAGCAGUUUGUUUGAAUAAAGUUGUUAUUGGUUUUAAACCCCAAGAGCCACAAAACUUCAGUUGUAUAUCUCACAAUUGGGAAAAUAUGAUAUGCUCCUGGGAUCCAGUGCAAAAUUAUGUUACUACGAGAUUUACCUUAGUAUUUAAGUUACCUGGAAGAGCAGGAGGCCGAAAGUUGUAUCCUUGUCCGAAAGAAAAUAAACCAAAUACUUGUUUAUGGGAUGCAUCUACAAAUCCAAUAUAUAGACAACCAUAUGAAUAUUAUACAUUUAUAUUAAAUAUAGAAAAUGUGUUGGGAAAUAUAAGCGUAUCAUAUAAAUUUCAUCAUUUUGCUCAUGUUAUACCAGCAAAACCAGCAAAUUUAUCUGUAAUUAACAAAACAUCAGAUAGUGCAAUCUUGCGUUGGAAUGUGCCAUUUCCAAUGCAGAAUUUUCCUCCUGGUUUACAUCACAGAAUUACUUAUCAAAAUCAAUGGGAUCAUCAAAAGUCUUGGCAGAUAAUCAAUAUUACAAAUGACAUACACAUGCCCAAAAGAUAUUACAAUCUUACUGGAUUGAAAUAUGCUAAUACCGGUUAUGAUGUCCGUGUUUUCAUGAAAAGUGCACUAGCAGUAGGGGAAGAUAAAUGGAGUAAAUUUAGUGAUAUUACAUUUAGAACACCAGCAAGAUUGCCUGCAUUACCACCACGUACUGAUAUUGGAAGUUUUGAAAUAGCAGAAAAUAACAUUAACAGAGAUAUAUAUUUAUAUUGGCAAGCUAUACCACAAUAUUUGGAAAAUGGUGAUAAUUUUAAAUAUCAAAUUGAUUAUGUAGAAGAAAGUGGACGAAAAUUAGCACUUAUACCAAAUGAGACAACCAGAACAUAUGCAAAAUUUAAAGGAAUAAGUUUCAAUAGUUAUCGUUUCGAAAUUGUUGCAACAAAUAUAAUUGGUAUGAGUAAAGAGAGAUCUAAAAUAUUUGUACCAAGCAAAUUUGAAAUUCCACGUGAACCAGUAGCAUUUACUAAAAUCGCAUUUGACGGAGGUUUAUACGAAUUAUCAUGGAAACCACCUAGUAUGAAUACAGAAAUUACAAAUUACACUAUAUUUUGGUGCGAUAAUGAACGCGAUCGACCUUAUCAAUGCACUGGUUUUCUGGAUUGGGUUCAUGUAUCAAAGAAUACUACAAUUUAUAAUAUGACUGUACCUGACGCAAAAAAAGUGUAUCAGUUUGCAAUUUCGGCAAAUACGAAAAAAGGAAGUAGUGGAAUGGUUUGGGCAUCAUGUACAGUAAUUCAUAAUAAAGUUGUAGGCAAAAUGAAAUCUGUGUGGAUAAAUCGUAUUGGUUCUGAUUUUAUCGAAGUUGGAUGGAAAUUGGAUUGUUCCGACCGUAUUGGCAUUGUAGAAGGAUUUAAUAUUUACUAUUGUCCAAUAAUGUCUCCAUUUAAUCUCAAUUGUAAAGGUUCUAAAUUAAAUACUACCAUUAAAGCAGAUCCUCAUACAAUACAUGGCAUAGUAAAUAACUUAAAACCUUAUACUACAUAUAUGUUGGCUGUGGCUGUAUUAACAAAAAGUGGAGAAGGUUUACAUAGUGAUCCUUUAUACAACACAACUCUUGAAGCUGCACCAAGUACACCACCAAAAGAUGUUACAAUCGUCAACGUUACGAAUACAACAAUGUUUAUAACGUGGAAACCACCUGAUGCUAUGAAUGGUGUACUUCGAUAUUAUGAAGUUUAUUAUAAUGGUCGUGCACAAAAAGUUGAAGAAGCUAAUCAUAUAGAAUUAAAAGAACUUUUAGCGUACAAAAAUUAUAGCGUUAAUGUUGCUGCUUGUACUGUGUCUUGUAGUGUAAAAUCUCCGACAAUUUAUAAAGUCACGGAAAUAGGUGUACCCGGAAAAAUUCAUGUACCAAAUGUACGAUUUAUGAAUUCGAGUCAAGUAAUUGUCAUAUGGUCUAAACCACAGAAUUCAGCUGGUCAUUUAGAUUAUUAUGAAAUAUUUUCUAGCGAUGGUGAAAUUCAAAAUAGUACAAAGACUGACGCCCAGUUGCCUAUUCCUGAUUGCAAAACUGUAGGUAGAGAAAGACUUUACCAAUUUCGUGUAAGAGCUGUUAAUAUAGCUCCAGAUAACACUUAUCUAAAAGGACCUUGGUCAGAUCCUGGAGAAGGAAACUGUUAUAGUGAUGGACCGUCAUUUAAAGUGUGGGUAGUUAUAUGGGUGAUUGGUAGUCUGAGUGGUGUAGCUUUCCUUUUUUGUCUUGCAUAUACGUCUAAGAGGAUGUGGCUAAAGUGUAAGGCUAUGCAAGAUGUUGAAGUCAAAUUACCACCAGGACUUGCACCAAAUAUGAAACUGCUUCAAAAAGGGGGAGAACAACACAUACGACAAUCUUCUGCUGAUUCAAGUGGAUGUUCAAGUGGACAAGAGUCUGUUACAUCUUCUCUUACAUCAGAUUCACAAGUUUCUAGUGAUAGUGGAACAGAAAUAGAUCCAAUACCAGUCUCACCUAACAAAUUGCUUGAAACUUUACCAGCUUGGGAAUCAUCUAGUCUUCGCCAGAGAAAUGUUGGUGUCACUAGACCUGUACUAGUAACAGAAACUGCUCGUUGGGAUUCUUAUGUAAAGGUGGCAAAAUCUGGAGAACCCAUAAUAGGAGAUACAUCAUCUUUAGCAAGAUCAACUCCUAAUUUAACUGAUAGUACAGGUUACACUACUUCUCAACAUACAUGGUCAUCAACAGGGUAUAUUAGUAUGCCUUCAUCUGAAGAAUUAUCCAGUAAUCCAAGCUUGGUUCCCAAGGAACCUUUCAAUGUUGGCUGUUACAGUAUAAUUGAUGGAAUACCUAAACCUAUGAGAUCUAAAUCAGAAGAAAACGCAGAAAUGACUGAAACUGUUGGCAUCAAAACAGAGAACAAACUCGUUAAUCCUUAUAUAACUUUGGCUUCUUUAGAGCAGAAAGGAAAAGAUAAGAAAGUUACAGAUUCAUUCCAUGACCUUGACGACAUAACAUUUACGGAACGAAAUAAAUUAAAAUCCGAAACUAUAACGCCACUUUCCGUUUCAGAUAAAACUUCUAAACCAUAUGUACAAACAGGUAUAAUAGAUACAUUGAAAAAACCAUUUAAUUUAAGUAAUACAGAUUCUAAGAGAAGUAUGGUUUCUACUCCUUUUGCUUCGACAUCUUUAACAGAUUCUUGUAAUAAACCAUUCGUUUCUUCUUUUAUAAGUCCAACCACGUUAACACAAACUUUGAUUGAUUCAUCAUCAAAGCCGUAUGUUACCGUGUCAUCGAUACCUGAAAUUACAAAAAAAUCUAAUGCCGCAACUACUACAUUAGAUUCCUCGCAAAAAUCGGGCGUUCCACAUAAUACCACAGAUGGAACAUCAAAACCAUAUGUUCUUGCAACAUCUGUUUUUCACAUGCUACAACAGCAAAGGGAAAAAACAGAAACUUCCAAUUCAGAAAUACAUGAAGGUGAAAGUGAUGAUUCUCCAACAUCAUCUCCUUUAUAUUGGCAAUCAGGUGGAAAUUUGAAACCAAGCAUAGGAUUGGAUACUGAUAAAAUAAUGCCUGUUACUAAUAAAAGCUCGGGAUAUGUGACCAUUGCAGAAAAUCCAAAAUUAGAUCAACAAAUACCAUCUACAACAUCGUCACCUUAUACACAACAUGACAGAUUUGAAAAGCCACUGCCACAAACUAUUGGUCAGUCAUCAGACGAACAAUAUUGUAAAGUGACAGUUGUGCCAAGUACAAUGCAAUGAGAAGAAGUAAAUUAACUUUUGAUGGUUAUAGAAUUUAUACUUUAUGUUACUAAGACUUCCUUUAUAGUGAAGAUAAAACAUAAUGAAUCAUGUGGUGCAAUAAAACGAUGUGUCCGUAGGUGCUUGAAGAAUGCAGUUGAACAUAGUUCGUCUAUGAUUUCAAAAUGCAAUCUUUUCAAUGAGGGCCUUGGACAUUAUAUCCUAUAAAAUAUAGAUGUACAUAAUGAUGUACUGGCAUGAGCUUUUUUUUACAUUAUUUUGUGCAUCUAUUCAAGUGUUCUGCAAACUAUAAUCAAAGUUGGCACUUGAGGAAGCAUCUUUUAAAUUUGCAUCAAAUAUGAAGUUGAGGAUAAUGUGAUAUCGUGAUAACUGUAAAUGACGCGAUAUGAGUGAUUCAUGGAUAUAUUAAAUACUAAGUGCCCUCACUUGUGAAAGUAUGUACAAAAUGUAUUACGUUUGUAUCAUAUAUUUUGUGAUGAAAGGGUCCUUUAUAACAGUAAUAAGAAUAAAUUAAGUAAAUUAUGUGGCAUAUAUCUAUCGAUAGACAACUUAUUGUUGUCAAAAUAAUCAAAUUGUUAUUUAAACAUCGAUGCAUUAUGAUAAGUGUGAUUCUCGAGAGAUGAUUGUUUUGUCUUUACAAAUUUUGCAACAAGUUUUUCAUCAUAUCAUUAACAUUAAUCAGUAUAUUUUAAAAAACUAUAAAUUUUAACAGCAAAUUUACUUUGAUGUUACAUGGAAUUAACUGGAAAUAAUUAAUCACAGAUUUAUAUUAUCCUUCUUAUGGAUAGCAAUGUGCAUACUGAUAUUCUUCUUGAAACCAUAUUUCUACAAAUACUGAGGCAAACAAAAAUACAAUAUAUCUUUACUUCUUUCUCAACAGUGCAAUCAUAUAUAGAGAUGUUACUUGAGUAAAAUUUAACAAUUAUUUGUUCGUAUUACUGUCCAUCAAACAAAUUAUAUUAAAACUUGUAUUACAUGCUAUUUGCAUAUGCAAAUUAUUCAAUUGUAAAUAUUAUUUUUAUUGUUUUUCUAUAGUAUUUUAUUAUCAUUAAUAGCAGUGUGCAAAGUUAACGAAAAAAAAAAAAAAAAAAUAUCUUAUAUAAAUUAGAACUAAUUCAGAAUAAAAAAAGAAUCGAUUAUACACUGUUAACAAUAAAAAGAAACAUCUAGUAGAGAUUUUAUAAAUUAUAUAGCAAGUGAUAAAAAUGCUAUUCUAACAAAGUUUUGAGUAAUGCAAUGCCAUUAAAACAGUCAUAAAAAACGAGCAAGAAUAUAUGUAUGCAUAGUUUAAGCUAGUCAUUGACAGAGUACGCGAGUUUUUACAACCAGGCCUUUUUUUAUAUCAUUGUAUAUAUUACUGCCUUUCAAGAAAAACUAGUAUUUUCAGUAUAUAUUUUGCUUUAUGCAAUAUAAAAUUAGGCAGAAUUAUUAUUAUAUUAAUACUUUCAGAAUUCAUAUUAUUUUAUUAAAUUUUAUUUCUCUUUGCACAAAUAUUCAUUUCUUAUAUUCGUUAAUUACAACAAAUUUUAAAUAUAACUUUAUUCCUAUUUGACAUGCUAUAAAAUACAAUUAGCACAAAAUCAUGCUGGAAUAAAAAAAGGCCUGGAUUUUUUAGAGUUGAGUAAUUUUACAAGUUCAAACAGUCUAAUAUUUUACAAAAGAAUUGUUGUGAUUGUUAGAUAUAUUUGAACUUGAGAAAUAAAUUGUUUGUACUUGUGAAAUACGAUCUACUCAGUUAUAUAGAUGAAUUAACAUCUAUGUAAUUCUGACAUAAAACGAGCUUAUGUAUACUCGUAUGUUGUUAUUAUUAAGACAAAUCGCGAAUAUGCAAUGCAUUAUGUGUAUUAUGCAAAUGCUACUUAGUUUUUAAUCAUGUUAAGUGUAUAGUAUAUGAUGCCCGAUCUUUAAAUAAAAGAAUGGGUGUUUCUAAAUAAUUAGAAUACUAAAAUGGGGGUAAUCAAAAAUUUGAAAAUUACAGCAUUGGACAUAAACUAUACAUGAGAGAAAGCAUAAAAAACAUAUGACACUCGAUAAAGAUUUGUAUACUUCUCGAAACAUCGAAUGAUUUCUUAUCUUAUGAUUAAUAUAAAAAUAAUGUACAGUAUAAUUAAACAUUGAUAAAUGGUAUUUAUGUAUUACAAAUGCAAUUAAUUAAUUUUAUAUUAUAAUAUUACGUAACGGUUUUAUAUAUAAAAUGUGUAUACAGAAUAUUAAAAAUGUACCUAGUUCGCGUGAUAACUUUACAAAAUUUUAAUAAGCAACUUGUGCGUCCGAUUUUCGAAUUUAUUUCUCUACAAAGAUUUAUCAAUAGUCUUUUUAAGGCGAAAUAAACCGACAAAAAAUGACAUAAUGAGCUAUUUAAACGAAGAUAAAUGCAUACUAUUGCAGUGUAUGCUGAUAUUAAAUUAAAUAAGUAUUUUUUGCUGUAUGGGCUUAUAGAUUAAUUUAAGAACGUAAUCAAGCUUAUCUAUUAAUAAGUUUCACAUAUCCCCUCUGUACAUAUAAACAUCUAUUAUUAUCUAUUUUUGUUACAUAUUUAUAAAGAAGAAAAAAGUACUUUAUUGCACAGCAAAAGUAUACUAGGCUAAAUUGACAAAAAUUGGAAUUAAACAAAACAUAGAACUACUGAUGUGCUACACAUUUUUAUAAGAUAUACUUGUGUCAAUGUUUAUAUUUUUAUUAAUUUGUCUUUAACGAAUCAGGCACAUAUACAACGCCUAUUUUCAUGUUUUAUUUUUGUAUGUAAUCAUACGAUCUUUCUAUAAUUUAGUUAAAUACUAAAUAGUUCUUUAAGAUGUUUAAUGUUUGUUUACCUUCACUUUCUUAUGGGGGCUCAGUGUUAUGAGUAACAAACUGAUUAUGUCAAAAUUAAAUCCUUCUGUGACUUCAUUCAUGAUACUUUAUGAUUUCUAUGUAUAUGACACAUUUUCUAAUGUUUAUAUUACGAUAAUUAAAUCUUUGUGCAAUCACUUGUAAAAGAAUCAGUUUAUGUAAAUAUUAUAUAUCUAAGUAAAUUUAUGUCAAUAGAGACUAACAGAACAUAUAAAUAAUGUUGAGCUCCCUGUAUAUAGGAGUCGAAAUAUAGUGCUUUGGAUUGUUGAGUUAAUUCGCCAGAUAUUAUAUAUAUAUAUGUGAACUAUUUGCCAUUUCUUUUAUAAAGUAUUCUAAAUUUUGUGAAUUUAUCAUCUCGAAAUUAAUGUUAUAUCUUUUUAUAUUAAGAUAACAUGAUACUAAUUCUAGUGAGGUCUUGUACAGAGUACUGUAAAAUAUAUUUUUACUACUUUUUUGGUUUUAUUAUUUAUUUCUUAUUACAUAGAUUGUGGUUACGUUUAGUUUAACUUACUACGAAAUAACAAUUAUGCCAUUGUCUGUAUGCCAUGCCGUUAAAACUUGCCAUUUUAUGUUCUUUUAGUGUGUAUAUUCCAAAGUUACUUUAUUUUCAAUACUCGUACAGGAAACGUUUUAAAUAUUUACAAGAAAUCUUGUAACUUAUCUUUGAAGAAUGCUGUCAAUAUGUGCUUCGAAAAUAGUUACUUUAUAAUGAUUAUGCUGAAAUAUAUAAACUAUUAUAUUUGAA